AUGGACUACACCAAUCUUAAUCGGGUCUGCCCGAAGGAUAGCUUCCCCUUACCCCGUAUUGACCAGCUCGUCGACGCCACAGCUGGCCAUGCCUUCCUCAAUUGCAUGGAUGCUUACUUAGGGUACAACCAGAUCUUCAUGCACCCUGAGGACCAAGCCCAUACAUCCUUCAUCACUGGCCAGAUGAAAACCAUUACGAGAUCUCAUGGAUUGUGGGAGCUAGUCGAGAAUGGGUUCAAUAGCUCAGAUCUGAAGAAGGAGAAAGAGGAGGCUACGGAUACUGAGAAGUCUACGAUGGCUCAGAUUCUGAUGAAGGAUGCUCGUGCACUUGGAUUGAUUCAAAGUGCAGUCUCAGAUCAGCUAUUCCCCAUAAUUGUGAAUGAGGAGACCUCAAAGGGUGCCUGGGAUAUUCUGAAGCUGGAAUUCAGAGGUGAUAAACAGAGUUAUGGUGAGGAAUUAUCUAGGGAGAGAGUUGUGCAGAAAUUGUUGUUUAGUCUUCCAAAAUCAUAUGAUUCCAUUUGUUAUGUAAUUGAGCAUUCGAAGGAUCUUGAAACUCUGGAAGUUCAAGAGGAAAAGAAGUCUAAGAGUGGGAGUUUUUCUAAUGAUGGAAACAAAGGAGCUUGUAAGCAUUGUGAUAAGUUACAUUAUGGAAAAUGUUGGUUUGAAGGGAAACCUAAAUGCCAUGGAUGUGGGAAAUUUGGACAUAUGAUCCGAGACUGCAAUGGGAACAAAAAUGCACAUAAGGUGAAUUAUGCAAAUCAAGUGGAGGAAACUGGCACUCUAUUCUAUGUGUGUAAUGCUGCAACAGACGUGAAAGUGAAUCAUUCUUGGUAUAUUCACAGUGGUUGUAGUAACCACAUGACAGGAGAUGAGGGACUUUUAGUGAAUAUUCAAAGAAACUUAACCUCUAAAGUGAAGAUGGGAACUGGAGAAGUAGUUCCAGUUGCUGGAAAAGGAACUCUGGUGAUAAAAACCAAGUUGGGUAAGAAGCACAUUCAAGAAGUAAUGCUUGUACCUGGCCUUGAAGAAAACUUGCUUAGUGUUGGGCAAAUGAUGGAGCAUGGAUACCAUCUUGUGUUUGGAGGGAAUAUGGUGAAUGUUGAUGAUGAUCAGUCACUGAAAAAUCUGAUUAUUUCAGUGGUCUGUGAUGGUUGUAUGCAAGGAAAGCAACAUAGAGAUUCUUUUCCUUUGGAAUCAAAUUGGAGAGCUACAAGUCUUUUGGAAUUGGUUCACACAGAUAUCUGUGGACCAAUGAAGACAGAAUCUCUUUCUGGGAACAAGUAUUUCCUGCUAUUUACAGAUGAUUGCACUAGAAUGUCAUGGGUGUAUUUCAUCAGAAAUAAGUCAAGUGCAUUGGAAUGUUUCAGAAAAUUCAAGGCUAUGACUAAGCUGCAAAGUGGGUAUAAGAUAAAAGGUUUGAGAAGUGACAGGGGUGGAGAGUUCCUAUCUAGAGAAUUCAACAAGUUCUGUGAGGAAUCUGGCAUUCAAAGGCAGUUAACUGUGGCAUACUCUCCUCAGCAAAAUGGGGUAGUUGAGAGGAAGAACAGGACAGUAGUGGAAAUGGCCAAAUCCAUGCUGCAUGAGAAGGCAUUGAGGCAUAAACUUGAAGAAAACAGUCACAAGUGUAUCUUUGUAGGCUAUGGUCUCUGUGAAAAGGGAUACAUACUGUUUGAUCCAAGCACCAGAAAAGUCAUUUUGUCCAGAGAUGUGCAGUUUAAUGAGAAUGGCUUAUGGAAGUGGGAGAAUGCUAGAGAAGGAGAAAUGACAGUUCUUGUGCCCACUGAAAAUCAAAACUAUGAUCCAAGUCAAAACUUGGAUACACCACUGCAAAUGGACGAAGAAAUCACACUACAAGCUGAACCAAGUCAAAGCUUGGAUACACAAACUCAAGAUGAAGAUACUACUCUGCAAGAUGAAGGCAUUGGUGAGAGUCCUCAAGCUAUUGACCACACACCAAAGAAAUGGAGAAGUGUAAAUGAAAUCAUGGCUCAGUGCAACAUGUGCAUUAAAAACAAGGCCAGAUUAGUGGCUAAAGGCUACUCACAAAAGCCUGGGAUUUAUUAUAAUGAAACCUUUGCCCCAGUGGCAAGGUUAGACACCAUUAGAACCUUGAUUGCCCUAGCUGCACAGAAGGAAUGGAAUCUAUAUCAACUGGAUGUCAAAUCUGCUUUCUUGAAUGGAGUGUUAAAGGAUGAGGUUUAUGUGGAGCAACCACAGGGUUUUGUGAAGGAAAAUCAAGAAAUCAAAGUGUAUAAGUUGAAUAAGGCCUUGUAUGGACUAAAACAAGCCCCAAGAGCCUGGUAUGAUGAGAUAGACUCCUACUUCAACAAGGCAGGAUUCAAGAAAAGUCCUAGUGAAGCUACACUCUAUAUCAAAGCUGAUGAAGGAACAUGUAUUCUUAUUGUCUCUCUUUAUGUGGAUGAUAUUGUUUAUACUGGAAGUUGCUCAAAGUUGCUUGAAGAGUUCAAAAAUGACAUGAUGAAACAUUAUGAAAUGACUGAUCUUGGAUUACUCCACCAUUUUCUUGGCAUGGGAGUAGUGAUUGAGAAGUUUGGUUUGAAGGAUUGUAAGUCUGUGGUAACUCUUUUGGUUGCAAAUGAAAGGUUGUGCAAGGAAGAUGGUAGUGAGAUGGCAAAUGAGAGUGAUUAUGGGCAGAUUGUAGGAAGUGAAGAUGACAGAAGGAGCACCUCAGGGUAUGCAUUCACUCUUGGAUCUGGCAUGUUCUCAUGGGCAUCAAUUAAACAAAACACAGUAGCUUUGUCCACUGCAGAGGCAGAAUAUGUGAGUGCUGCUGAAGCAACAUCACAAGCUAAAUGGCUAAGGUUUGUGCUUGGAGACUUUGGAGAGGAGCAAGUGGAGGGCACACCAAUCUUGUGUGAUAACACCUCUGCUAUAGCCAUGGCAAAGAAUCCUGUCUUUCACCAGAAAUCCAGACACAUUAGCCGGAAGUUUCAUUUCAUUCGAGAAGCUAUUCAAGCGAAGGAGAUUGAACUAAUCUACUGCAAAACUGAAGAUCAGACUGCAGACAUUCUAACCAAGGCUUUAUCCAAGGAUCGUUUUGUGCAUCUCAGAGAUCUACUCGGAGUGAAAUCAGCCAAAGGGUUAGAAAGGAGUGUUGAUGUGUAA